AAUUUCCACUAUAUAUAGGAGCAUUUCCGUUGAUUCUAUCACAGUCAACAGCCGUGGAAAAUUACGACAAGUUCUUUUUAUUAAUUAUUACAAGCAUAAACAAUUAAGAUGCUUUAUCUCACCUUCUUACUACCGUUUGUUGGUUUAGCACUAAGUGCUGUCAUUGAAGAGCAGCGAUUCAUGCCCAUGCUUGACGGGCGAAUUGUGGGCGGCCAGGUCAUAGAUAUCACCGAUGCACCCCACCAAGUAUCAUUAAAUACACACGCUUUUGGGCAUUUCUGCGGAGGAUCAAUCAUCGGAAGUAGAUGGGUUCUAACUGCAGCGCAUUGCACAGAUAGUUACAAGAAUCAGGUAAUCCCCCUUUUGCGAGUCCGGUGUGGCACAUCCAAAAGGCGCACAGGCGGUGAAUUGAUCUACGUCAAGAAAAUCUACCAGCAUCCGAAAUUUUCCAUGAAGACUGUUGACUUUGAUUUUUCAAUUCUGGAGCUCGUUAGAGACAUCAACAUGGAUCAUACCAAAAAGCCCAUUGCAUUGCCUGCACUGAACCAACCUGUCGUCGAAGGAACCAUGUGCACCAUAACCGGCUGGGGCCACACUAAGAAUGACUUGGAGAACAACAAUUUGCUGCGUGGAACCAAAGUUCCAAUAUUUAAUCAAGUGAAAUGCAUUAAUGCGUAUCGCGGCUUGGGAACAAUUACGGACCGCAUGUUCUGCGCUGGCUUCCCAAGCGGUGGAAAGGACGCUUGCCAAGGAGAUUCAGGCGGUCCAUUGGUUGCAAAUGAUGUCCUCAUUGGAAUCAUCUCAUGGGGAUAUGGUUGCGCUAAGCCAGAUUAUCCUGGUGUUUAUGCUAGAAUUGCAUCAGUUCGGGAUUGGAUUAAAGCUAACAGUGGAGUUUUUAGUAUUCUUAGUACCGUGAAUAGUCCCUUAGAAAUGAUAUUCGCUGUGGGUUUGGUCAGUCUCCUAGUUGGUGCAGUUUUUAGUGCUGCAAUCGAUGAACCAAUACCAAGGCCUCGACUGGAUGGACGUAUUGUCGGAGGGUUUAAAAUGAACAUAACCGACGCCCCUCACCAAAUAUCCUUGCAAUCAAAUUACGGUCACAUGUGUGGAGGUUCGAUCAUCAGCAGUAAAUGGGUUCUCACGGCUGCCCAUUGCACAAAUCGCCAGAAACCGAAAAAUCUGCAAGUCCGCGUAGGAUCUUCCGAGUCGAGUGCAGGAGGAGAAAUGAUCAAAAUCAAGCGAAUUGUCCAACAUGAAAAGUUCAACUAUAACAACAUUGACUGGGACUAUUCUCUACUGGAACUAGCUAAGGAAAUUGAGUUUGAUGAUAACCGGAAAGCCAUCAAGCUUCCAGAGUUGAAUGAGGUGACAAUGGAUGGGUCGCUUUGCACUGUUACAGGAUGGGGAGCCACGCAUAGCGAUAGCGAAAGCAACAAAUGGUUACGUGGGGCUGAAGUGCCAAUUGUCAAUCAGGACCUGUGUGCUGCCAAUUACAGAGAUUUUGGUGGAGUGACAGAAAGAAUGAUCUGUGCUGGAUACACGGAGGGUGGUAAGGAUGCUUGCCAAGGUGAUUCUGGUGGCCCACUAGUGUACAAUGAAGUUUUGGUCGGAGUCGUGUCUUGGGGCUAUGGAUGCGCCAAGCCCGAAUAUCCAGGGGUUUAUUCGCGGGUUGCCUAUGUAAGGGAUUGGAUUAAGGAGAAUGCUGGUGUUUAAUAUAAAUAUUGUCUCAUGUGUUCAAUAACAUUAGUUUCGUUUUGA